CUCAAAGUGCCUUCAUCUGAUAGCAUGGAUGGGAAGAAAUUGGAGUACAAAGGUGAGGAGGCAUUAAAGGAAAUUGAGAGACUUACAGAGAAGGCUGAUGAAGUACAAAAGAGCAUCUUGACAGAGGUCUUAACUAGAAAUUGUGAAACUGAGUAUCUUUUUAAGUAUAUGGAAGGUUCAAAAAAUAUAUUAGAGUUCAAGCGAAAUGUCCCUGUCAUUACUUACAAGGGCAUUCGCCCUUAUAUCCAAAGAAUUGUCAAUGGCGAAGACUCCUCUCUCAUUACUGGUCACCCUAUAACAGAAAUGCUAUCCAGUUCAGGGACUUCAGCUGGAGAGCCAAAGUUGAUGCCUUCCAUUGCAGAAGAUCUUGAUAGGAGAACAUUUUUAUACAACCUCAUCAUGCCAAUCAUGAAUCGGUAUGUACCUGGUCUUGACGAGGGCAAGGCCAUGUACCUCUACUUUAUCAAGGCAGAAAUGUCCACUCCUUGUGGUUUACCAGCUAGACCUGUGCUCACCAGCUACUACAAGAGCAAGCACUUCAAGUGCAGAGCAAAAGACCCUUUCAAUGACUACACAAGCCCAGACCAGGCCAUUUUGUGCAAAGAUAGUAGCCAAAGCAUGUAUUGUCAAAUGCUAGCAGGUCUAAUCCACCGCCACCAAGUCCUAAGGCUAGGAGCUGUGUUUGCCUCAGCUUUCCUCAGAGCCAUCACAUUCCUUGAACACAACUGGGUUCGUUUGUGCAAUGAUAUCCGCACUGGCCAGCUAGACCCCUUGAUCACAGACCUUGAAUGCCUUUCAUGUAUGUCUACCUUGCUUUCAUCACCAAACCCAUGUCUUGCUAAUGAGAUUGAGGACAUAUGUAGCCGUGUACCAUGGAAGGGAAUUUUGUGCCAACUUUGGCCAAGGGCUAAGUACAUUGAGGCUGUGGUCACUGGCUCUAUGGCACAAUAUAUACCUGCCUUAGAGUAUUAUAGUGAUGGGAAAUUGCCAUUGGUGUCACCCAUGUAUGCCUCAUCAGAAUGUUUCUUUGGGGUCAACUUGAAACCCUUAUGUGACCCUUCUGAUGCAGCAUUUACCCUCAUGCCCAAUAUGGGUUAUUUUGAAUUUAUUCCCUUGGGAGAGAAUGGGACAAUGUUGAUGAACGUAGGUGAAGAAGAUGAAGUACCCAAUGAUAAGCUUGUUGACCUGGUACAAGUUAGGCUUGGCUGUUAUUAUGAAUUGGUGGUCACUACCUUUGCUGGACUCUAUCGUUAUCGUAUUGGUGACGUGCUACAAGUGAGCGGCUUUCACAAUCGAGCCCCACAAUUUCGAUUCAUAUGUAGGAGAAAUGUCCUUCUCAGCAUUGACAAUGACAAAACCAACGAAGAGGAUUUGCAUAAGAGCAUAACUGUGGCCAAGAAAUUGCUAGAACCUUACAGUGCUCUACUCGUGGAGUACACUAGCUAUGCGGAUGCAUCAACUAUGCCUGGACAUUAUGUAUUGUAUUGGGAAAUUCGAUUUCAUGGAUCAUCAAAGGCAGAUCACUUGGCCAAUAUUGCACUCGAUGACAAGGUGCUACAAGAAUGUUGCAUUGCUGUGGAAGAAGAGCUCGAUUACAUAUACAGAAGAUGUCGUACGUUUGAUAAGUCUAUAGGGCCCCUUGAGAUUCGAGUGGUGGAGCUAGGUACGUUUGAGGAGUUGAUGGACUUGUUCAUCAAUCAAGGGGCCUCGAUCAACCAAUAUAAAACACCAAGGUGCAUCAAGUCUAUAGCGGCUCUUGAGUUGCUUAAUUCUCAUGUGAAAGCUUCUUUUUUUAGUCCUCGGGAUCCAAAGUGGGAGAAAUUAUAGAGUCCUCUGGUAAACCACGUCACUUGUCCACCAUUCCACUAAAAAACUUCUGCUUGUUUAAAA